UACUUAUCAAGUUAUAUGCUUCGGGAAUCGACAAACAAUACAAACGCAUCGAUUGUCUCUACUUCAAGCGUCUCUGUCUCUCAAAAAGUUCUUUUUGAAACCCCCAGGUCCACUCUCCUGAAAUGUCGCCCCAAACGCCACUCGAUUUCAACUCAGGUCCCAUGGUUUGGAUCGACUGCGAAAUGACUGGACUCGAUCCUAGAAAGGAUAGAAUCUUGGAAAUUGCAGUAUUGAUCACAAAUGGGAACCUGGAGCUUGUCGAUGAACAAGGCAUCCAGUUCGUUAUUAGGACUGACGAGGCAAUUUUGAAUUCUAUGGACGAGUGGUGCAGAACGCAACAUGGAAAGUCUGGUCUAACGCAAGCCUGCAUGACAUCGCCUCACACGAGAGAGUAUGUUGCAAAAGUUAUUUUGGAGUACAUCAAGAAAUGGGUGCCGCAAAGACGGACUGCGGUUCUAGCUGGAAACUCAGUCCAUGCAGACCGAUCAUUCUUGGUGGAGGAGAUGCCUGAAGUUAUUGACUGGCUUCAUUACCGGAUUGUUGAUGUGUCAUCAAUAAAAGAAUUAUGUCGUAGAUGGUACCCAGACAGUCAAGUUCCGAAGGACGUAUUAGCCGGAAAACAUAGAGCUUUGGAUGACAUCAUGGAUUCCAUUCAAGAAUUAUCAUGGUACCGCCAAAAUAUCUUUGUUUAACUUGUGUCUAGGAAGGCAUUUUGAUAAGUAAAUGUUUCAGGCAAUCAUAUGUAAAACUGCAUGAUUCCUGCACUACGCUGGUGUUGGGUUGGUCUCAUCAUGUGGCACAGAUGAGGUGCAUGCAAGGUGCAUAACUUGGGCCUCAGGGCCCCAUAAUUAGUUUUGCGAAAAAAAAGUAAUUCGACGUCUUUCGGGGUCUACCACCCAUGCAUAUUACUUUCUGCGCAGGGCACGAGAACGAACGUCGACAUAUUACUGGCUGUUUAACUGGAAAAUUUUAUGAAGUAAUUACAAGUCGUAUAAAUCAGGUAUCAUUGGUUAUCGAUGGGCAUCUGGUUUCUUUUGGUGUUUCUGCUCACGAAAACUGGAUGACUUUCCAUAGGCAAAAUAUUUCAG